AUGGCGGAAGUUUCGAAGAAAAGUUUUAAAACCAAAAAGAAAACUCCUGACAAUUUGACAUGUGAAUUAGUGUUUGAUGGUGGAUUAUUGUCAAAUACUCGUGCUUCACUUGUCAUUGAAUUGAUUAAAUAUUUUAUGUUUGAGAGACAUCAAAUUCCUCAACCGUUUGAACAUGUAAAACGAGACAUGAAAAUGAAAGAGGAAAAGAUUGCAGCUGGGCCUCGCACUCAGCCUACUGAUCUGCAACCAAAGAGGAAAAUCAAAUCAAUCAUUGAAAACCUUGAAAUGUUAUUUGAUAACUUGGAGAAAAGUUUUGUUUUGUGUCCAGAAAUAAGCCAGAUUGUGAUUAUUUUAGGUGGAACCAUUGUUAGCCCUAAAGAAACAUUUGUGAUAAAGCUACCUCAAUUAAGUCCUGAUGCAGAUAAUUUAGUGUUUAAAACUUGCGUGAAAGCAAUGUUUCGUCAAAUAAUAACUCAAGAUUUAUUAUGUGAUAUGAAAGCCUUAACACCCACAAACAUGUCUGUUCUUUUACAUGCUCCAAGAGAAUGUAACAUGGAAUGGUUUAUUCCUAAUCACACUUUUAAAUUUCCCGUACGAGGAAGAUUUUUUACUUAUAAUUGUACAUGUAAACAACCAGUUGAUGAUCGUAUUUGGUUUCAGUCACCAGUUAAUGUGAAGGGUUUUAGAGAUCCACUUAAUAUUCAAAACAUGUCAUUAAUGUUUUGUAUUAACAUAUGUAUUUAG